AUGGCAGACGCCCCGAAUGGAGGUGUAGGCAGUAGCAGGGUGGGGAGUGGUGCUCCUUCGCGGGAACAGGAAGACAUCAAGCGGCCCAAUCUCUCGGUUGGGGAAGUCGCGGGAGUGGAGCAGCAACAUGGCGAUGUCACGGUGGGCAAGCACGAAAGAGUUGGAGGGUGGAGAGGGGUGCUGAGUUUUCUGGAAAAGAAAGGUGAUGUUGAGCUCAGAGGGUGUACGCCUGUGCCGUAUGAGGAUAGGACAGAGACGCAGUAUUCAAAGAUCUUCACGCUUUGGUUUUGCAUGAGUUGUAAUCCGUUGCCUGUGACUUUUGGCAUGGUGGGCACAAUGUCUUUUGCUCUUAGUCUGAGGGACGCGGCGCUGGUUAUUCUUUUCUUUACCCUCGUGUCGACGGUGCCGGUGGCGUACAUGUGUACGUGGGGGCCGAAGACAGGUAUGCGACAGCUGGUCCAGGCGAGGUUUUCCUUCGGGAAGUACUUUGUCUCGCUGUUGAUACUGCUUAACCUUGCAACGCUGACGGGCUUCUGCGUUGUCGACAGCGUCAUUGGUGGUAUGGCACUGUCGGCGGUGCAGGAGGGAGCGACCAUCAACGCCACGGUGGGUAUCGUCAUCAUCGCCAUAUUGUCGCUGGUCAUCUCCUUUUGCGGCUUCGGAGUAUUGCAUCACUACGAGCGAUGGGCAUGGAUCCCAGCAUUGGCCGCACUCAUUAUUGCGGCAGGAUGCGGGGGUAGCAGUCUCAGCCAGCAAGUUUCAGCACCUGCUGCUACAGCGUCACAGAUCCUCUCGUUUGGCGGUCUCGUGGCGAGCUUCAUGCUUCCAUGGGCUGCACUUGCGAGCGACUUCUCGACGUACAUGCAUCCCAAGGCUCCUCCCUUCCGGAUCGCGCUCUACACCUACACCGGACUUGCGCUGCCUACGAUCCUGCUGAUGACGCUCGGUGCAGCGAUGGGAGGUGCGACGCCAAACAUUGCCUCAUGGCAGGCUGGGUACGACGUCAACGCAGCGAGCGGUGUCCUCGCAGCUAUGCUUCAACCAGCUGGCGGGUUUGGUCGCUUCGUCACAGUCGUGCUUGCCUUUAGCAUGUUGGGUAAUCUGUCGGCGACAAUGUACAGCGUAACACUGAACCUGCAGAUGCUCCUUCCCUGGCUCUUCCGCAUCCCGCGCAUCUUCUUCAGCAUCGUCAUCACUGGAAUUGUAAUUGGCGUUGCUGUCGAGGCAUCCAGUAGCUUCUUCCUGAACCUCGAGAACUUCAUCGGCGUCAUCGGGUACUGGAGUGCGGCCUUCAUUGGCAUUGCUAUCACCGAACACGUGCUGUUCCGACGCAGCAGCUUCAUGGCCUAUACCGAGGAUGAAGAGGCGUGGGACGAGCCGAGCAAGCUGCCACCCGGUUUCGCGGCAAUUGGCGCGUUCCUGCUCUCCUUUGGCCUCAUCAUCCCGUGUAUGGGACAGAUUUGGUGGACAGGACCCAUCGCGGAGACUACGGGCGACAUCGGGUUGGAGGUAGCAGUUGUGCUGGCAGCGGUGCUCUAUGUACCGUUUCGGGUAGCAGAGAGGAGGAUAUACGGGAGGUAG